AUGUAUUUAGAGCCGCUAGGUCCAACGUUCCUCCCAGAAUUUAUAUAUCUGCCUGGGUAUCAUUUACCAUCCGGAGAAAGAAUCGUACCAAAUGUGCUUAACAAAGAAUUAUGCUCUAGAAUAUGUUAUUUUGAUUCAUUGUGCGUUGCUUUUCAAUACAUCAGUGCUGUUUGCACAACAUACCGAUCAAUCUCUGAAGGUCCUACAAGUGUAUAUCUUUACUUGUUUCGAAAGAGAGUUCUACCUGAAAAGGAAGAAGAGCUGCCUAUCCGUCAACAAAUCAGAGGGUUUGUUUAUGUUCCGGGAAGUCACCUGCCGAUAAUACUUCAAAGUAUACCUUAUUUGGUGAAUGCUGAAUCAUGUGCUCGUGUAUGUUAUUUCAACCACUUAUGUGUCGGAUUUCAAUAUGGUCGUGGAAUUUGCGUUCUUUACCGCUCAAUUUCAUCUGGAGAAAAUCCUAAUUAUAUCUAUCUCUGGCUGAAAAAACCAGCAAAGAAGAGAAGCGAUGCACCAAAAUACUUAAAAAAAUUUAUGUAUGUUCCUGGAUAUCAUGAAACAUCGGGUGGCGAAACGGUGCCUAAUAUACUUAAUGUAGAAUUGUGCUCUAAAACUUGCUAUUUCAACCCAUCUUGCGUCGCAUUUCAUUAUGUCAACCGGAAUUGUGUUACAUAUUCUUCAACGCAAGGAGGGCCUCGUCUUUUCCUUUACUUAUGGUUGAAGGCGAAACGUCAGAUGGAAGUCGAACCAAGUGACGGUCGACAUUACUUGAUUCAUUUCGUUUAUGCUCCUGGGUAUUAUAUGCCAUCAGAGCCGAAAUUUGUGCCAAAUAUGAUAAACAAAGAACGUUGCGCUAAAACCUGCUAUUCUAAUCCGUUGUGCACGGGUUUUCACUACGGAUUGCGUGUGUGCGUUACAUACCGGUCGGUCUCUACAGGUCCUACUCGAAUCUACGUUUAUCUGUGGCUGAAAAAAGCCCGUCCCGGAAGGAACAGGACGACUCACGGACAACAUUACCUUAAAAAGUUUCUUUACUUACCCGGGUAUUACACGCCGCAAGGAAAACAACUUAUACCGAAUAUUCUAAAUGGAGAACUUUGCUCAAGAUUGUGUUAUUUUAAUCCAACGUGUGUAGGUUUCCAGUAUGAUGACGAAGAAUGUAUAAUUUACCGAACAGUUACGCAAGGCCCCACCCGUUCCUACAUUUACUUGUGGAUGAGAAAAGGAUUAUCAGGAGGAUAUAUAUCACCGGAAACUGUGGAAUACAUUGGAAAAUUCACAUACGUACCUGGGUAUUUUAAACCAUCAGGACGAACUACCGUUUCAAAUAUUUUAAAUAGCGAACUUUGUGCCGAAAUUUGCUACACUGAUUCAUCUUGUGCAGGAUUUCAAUAUGCUGAUGGUGUUUGCAUAACUUAUCGUUCAUUCCUUCAGGGCCCGUCUCUUGAAUAUGUUUAUUCAUGGAUUAAAAAAGGGUUACCUGGACAAAGUAUACUUCGUCCUUAUCCGGAAGAGCAGUAUCGUCUGCUUGGAGAAUCACUGUUUGAGAAAAUUAUUCUUGAUAUUGAUACUAAAGUGUAA